GAGAAGUCUUCCCUCGCCCUGAGGAUGCGGCGAAGGUUGGCGCCACUGAGGGUCUGUGUGAGGGGGGCGUCGCCGAGUUCAGCCCCACCCUCUGCCGCUUCCCCAGCGGGUCCGGCGUUCGCCUCUUGUGGCCAGAAGGCGGGGAGCCAGAGGCGCUGGGGACCCCCGCGUGGCGCUCCAGCAGCCCGGACCAUCGCGGCACCGCGCCUUAGGGAAGAGCAGGGAAGGAACUUUCUCUGAACCGCGAACAUUUUUGGUCACUGAGAUUGAGCCUUCCGGUGCUCUGGCUUCCCGCCUCUUUAUCUUGCGUUUGAUCCGUGAGCUGCUUUCCUUUCCCGAGCCGCCCGGAGUGCCGCCAAAAGCCCUCCCGCGCGCCACAGUCCCCGGCAGAGGAAGGGAGGCGCGUACCUGCCGGUCACCCUGAAGCCGUCGCCGCGCCGCGGACGCGGAGGGCCGGGCAGCAGUGGGCGGUGGCCCCGCGUCCCAGGAGCGCACAGCAAUGCAGGCGCUCAACAUCACCCCGGAGCGGUUCUCCCGGCUGCUGCGGGACCACAACCUGACGCGGGAGCAGUUCAUCGCUCUUUACCGGCUGAGACCGCUCGUCUACACCCCCGAGCUGCCCGGGCGCGCCAAGCUGGCCUUCGUGCUCACCGGCGUGCUCAUCUUCGCCCUGGCGCUCUUUGGCAAUGCUCUGGUGUUCUAUGUGGUGACCCGCAACAAGGCCAUGCGCACCGUCACCAACAUCUUUAUCUGCUCCUUGGCGCUCAGUGACCUGCUCAUCACCUUCUUCUGCAUCCCUGUCACCAUGCUCCAGAACAUUUCUGACAACUGGCUGGGGGGUGCUUUCGUUUGCAAGAUGGUGCCAUUUGUCCAGUCUACUGCUGUUGUGACAGAAAUCCUCACUAUGACCUGUAUUGCUGUGGAAAGGCACCAGGGACUUGUGCAUCCUUUUAAAAUGAAGUGGCAAUACACCAACCGAAGGGCUUUCACAAUGCUAGGUGUGGUCUGGCUGGUGGCAGUCAUCGUAGGAUCACCCAUGUGGCACGUGCAACAACUUGAGAUCAAGUAUGACUUCCUAUAUGAAAAAGAACACAUCUGCUGCUUAGAAGAGUGGACCAGCCCUGUGCACCAGAAGAUCUACACCACCUUCAUCCUUAUCAUCCUCUUCCUCCUGCCUCUUAUGGUGAUGCUUAUUCUGUACAGUAAAAUUGGUUAUGAACUUUGGAUAAAGAAAAGAGUGGGGGAUGGUUCAAUGCUUCGAACUAUUCAUGGAAAAGAAAUGUCUAAAAUAGCCAGGAAGAAGAAACGAGCUGUCAUUAUGAUGGUGACAGUGGUGGCUCUCUUUGCUGUGUGCUGGGCACCAUUUCAUGUCGUCCAUAUGAUGAUUGAAUACAGUAAUUUUGAAAAGGAAUAUGAUGAUGUCACAAUCAAGAUGAUUUUUGCUAUAGUGCAAAUUAUUGGAUUUUCGAACUCCAUCUGUAAUCCCAUUAUCUACACAUUUAUGAAUGAAAAGUUCAAAAAAAAUGUUUUGUCUGCAGUUUGCUAUUGCAUAGUAAACAAAACCUUCUCUCCAGCACAAAGGCAUGGAAAUUCAGGAAUUAUGAUGAUGCAGAAGAAAGCAAAAUUUUCCCUGAGAGACAAUCCAGUAGAGGAGACCAAAGGAGAAGCAUUCAGUGAUGGCAACAUUGAAGUCAAGUUGUGUGAACGGCCAGAGGAGAAAAAAAAGCUCAAACGACAUCUUUCCCUCUUUAGGUCUGAACUGGCUGAGAAUUCUACUUUAGACAGUGGGCGUUAGUCAUAACAAUAUCUUCACAAUUAAUGCCCUUCAGAUUGUAACCCAAAGAAAAAAUUAUUUUGAGCAAAGGUCAAAUACUUAUUUUAUUCUUGAGAUGAUGACGAGAAGGAAAUAAAUCAUGUUUCCAUUAAAAAACGACACGAGGUAGUCCAGGUGCAGUGAUGUUUACAACCAACUGAUCACAACCACUUAACAGAUUUCUGUGUUCCUUCUCCACUCCCACUGCUUCACUUGACUAGCCUUAAAAAGGCGACAUGGAAAUACAAUUUUGAAAAAUUGGUAAAACGUACUUUUAAGAUUAUUUCAGUGGAUUUUAAAAAAUCCUGUACAGAAAUCAGUGUUUUUAGCUGGCAGUUUUUCUCCCACACAGUCACUGCAAUGUGACUUUCUAGGUAUUACUAGAUUGGAUACAAAAAUAACUUAAAAUUAUAUAUUUUUUCUUGAAAAUUAAUAGUUCAAGGCUGUAAUGUAAUUUUUAGUGCACUACAGUCUCUUGGAGGUAAGGUCUGUGCCGCAUCAUAGUCAAAGCAAAGGGAGAAGCAGCUAAGUGACGGAUGAACGAGACUUAGAGGAAGAUGCCUGUACUGGAGCUUUGUAUAGUUCUGUCAGUUACCUUGCUGCCUUGCUGUGAUGACUGGCAAAUCACCUAACCUUUUUAAGCCUUCGUGUUCUCCUGCAUAAACUGGAGGUGAUACCUCCUCCACUUCACGGAGUUGCUGUGAGAACAAAAUGAGAUUUGAGCAAACAAGCCCUUUGUACUCUAAAGCAGCCUCAAGCUCUGAUGCAUUAUCACAGCUCCCCAUGCCUCAGGCCUGCCCUUUCUGUUCUCAUUUCCUUUCUGAUACUCUCCCCGACCGCUGCCCAACUUUCCCCUCAUGGCUGUAUUGUAACUGGUUUCUCUAACCAAAAUAAGAGAGUUUGGGGAGCCUCAUUUCUGUGAUAUAUUUAGGCAAAACUAACUGUCUCAUAUGGUUAUCUUUUUAAGUCCCUUAUUUUCACCAAUGGGAUUUCUUAUAUAAAAGGAAUUUUCUGUGUAGUUAGUAGAUGAGGGUGUGAAUCACCUCCAACCCCAUGAAAUUGUACUGUGCCCAAGGCUGACCUUCAAGAGCUGGGUCAGAAAGAACAAUAGAGUUCCCCACCCAUAUUCCUUCCCCUAACCUCCCUGAAGUGCAACCCCUGUCUCUUCAAUCUUCCCCUUGGCUCCCAAAUGUCAUGGAUACGGAGGCCACCAUCACAGCACUCUGUCAUUUUCCUUUCAACAGCUGAGAUUCCUGAAGUCCAGCCCCAGCCUCACAGCCAAAGCGUUUAUUCUGCUUCCAGUUUUCCAGCACUUAUUCUCUCGACAGGUAAUAGAAAGGAAGAGAAGCUUAAGAGCUUAUAGGACAUUUUACUGGUAAAGCUUUAAGACUUGGAAACCAAGGACCUAACUGUUGGGAUCUUCAAGAUACAGACAUUUAAUUUCAUAUGUGUCAGUGAAGCAUGCAUGAAAAAGACAAAGAUGAAACAGUGUGUAGUGUUAGGAAAAGUUGUCAAUAUGACACUGCAAAAUUCACAAAGAGAAAAGAGAGACUGAUUAUUUGGUUUGUACUGAAGUGGACUAAUUAUGGGUUAUUUAUAUAAAUUGCCUGUCGUGUCUAGUUAUCCUAUGACAAAACAUGAUUAUUAUUAAACAUUAAACCAUUAAAAAUGAAUUGGAUUCACUGAUUUUGGUUAUCCUUACUCAGUUGGUAAAUAUUCAUAUAAUUCUUUCUACAUUUGAUGCUCUAAAUAUGACUUAAUGAAAAACAGAUAAAUCAACGCUGUUAUUGACCAUUUAAUUAUUAAGAUUAGAAGCUUCUUUUAAUUCCUAAAUAUUUAGAUACUAGGUAAUAAUGUAAAUAUUUACUGUAAUAUUUCCAGACAUCUUAUGAAAGCUUUUUAAAAAAAAAUUUGCUCACAUUGCAUUAAAGCUGUUUUAGAAACAGAAGUAGUAAUAGCACACUUUUUUGGUCCUUUAAAAAUAUCAUCCCUUUGCUCCAUUAUAAAGAUUCAAAAGGUAAAUAUGGUUCAAUCUCUUCCUGAAAAUGUCCUGCUAUUAGCCAAAGAAGCUCUGAAUCCUAUCUGGACAUUGAAUCCAGACACUGAUGUAACACAGCCUGUGAGCCCAUAGAGAGUUCACCCUGGAUUUGCAAAAUGAACCUUGACUACUGCCUUUUCUUCUAUUUUCCC